AUGUCUCUUCCCGCAACCCAAAAAGCCGCUGUAAAGGUCGGCACCGGCGACUCCUCUCGCACUGAAGUCAAAGAAAUUCCCGUCCCCGAACCAUCUCCCGACCAGAUCCUCGUAAAGGUGAACUACAGCGGCCUCUGCGCAUCAGACAAGUCCCUCCUGCUAGACGAGUGGGAAUCGACAGGGCUCCUCCAACAGCCAUGCACGCAGGGUAUUGCAGGUCAUGAGGGCGCGGGCACGGUUGUGGCGGUGGGAAGUAAUGUCCAGGAUCUCUGGCAGAUCGGCGACCGCGCAGGCAUAAAGUGGAUCGCCUCCGUGUGCCGCAAAUGCGAAUUCUGCACCAAUGGCCAAGACGAGUGCCACUGCCCCAAGCAGCUGAACUCGGGCUUCAGCAUCGCUGGAACGUUCCAAGAGUAUUGUGUUACUGACGCGCGGUACGCGACAAGGUUGCCGGACGGUGUGAGCGAUGAAGAGGCGGGCCCGUUGAUGUGCGGUGGUGUCACAGCUUACACGGGGUGUAAGAGAAGUGGUGUAAAGCCCGGACAGUGGCUUGUUGUGCCUGGUGCCGGAGGCGGACUCGGCCACCUCGCAGUUCAAUACGCCAAAGCCAUGGGUAUGCGCGUCAUCGCCAUCGAUGGAGGUGACGCAAAGCGCGAUCUAUGUCUCAAGCUCGGCGCAGAAAAGUUCAUCGACUUCACGACGUGCAAGGAUAUCCAGGCUGAAGUCAUGUCGGUAACAAAGUACGGCGCACACGGCGUGAUCGUUAUUUCAGCGACGAGGCAAGGGUACGAGCAGGCGCCGCAUCUGCUGAGGCCGCAGGGCACUAUGGUCUGCAUUGGACUACCUAAGGAUGGGACCGUCAUUGCGGGUGCGCCACCAAUUCUGAUGGUGCUGAAGAAACUACAUAUCGUGGGAAGUGUGACAGGGACAUUGAAGGAUGUUGAAGAGUGCCUCGACUUCACAGCGCGCGGACUUGUGCGUCCGAUCUUGACGCACGGUAAUCUGGAAGACAUCAACCGCUUCGUCGAUGACAUGGGUGCUGGCAGAUUAGUAGGUCGUGCUGUCAUUAAGGUGUCUGCAUAA